AUGACUGGCCCCAUCCAUCUUUCACCUUGCUUCACAUUUCACCCUGAUAGCCCACAUGAGGCUGUUCUGGCUCUGGACAUUGGGAUCCGACGCCUCAUCUCGCUUCUACCCUUUCUUGCCGGCAAUGUCGCCCUCUCUCGCCAGUUGGAAAGCAAAGAAAACGUGCGAGAAGUUCAGCCCGCAACGGCAGAGUUUCUACGUGAACAUCCACUCUUCAAGACCAAAUCUCACAAUAUGUCGAUUUCCCCCAUGAAGCCAGGUCCCAUCUUCUCACGAGAUAUAAUGAUGACCGAUGAAUUUGUCCCAAUUGAAACCGCAAUGGCCAUGAGAGACCAAAUCCCAAUCUUCAGGGCUCAAGCCAAUGUUAUGCACGACGGAGUCAUUAUAUGUUUUAGCUUCUACCACAUGGCCUUGGACGGCUUCGGUUUUUGCAAUGCAAUGAAGUGUCUCGCCGAAUGUUGUCGAAACCCAGACCUUACCGCUCUAUUAACCGACCCUUGUAAGGAAGCACAAGCCCGGCGAACAAUAUUUGAAGCCAUGCUGGACUCGAAUUUUCAACAGGAGCAGCAUGCGCUCUUCGGAGAAAACUAUGACGAUGUCAAUGGGACGCCAAAUACAACGCCAGGAUUACCAAUCUCGAGGGUUUUCACUCUAGAUGCGGCAAGGGUUGAAUCCCUACAGAAUGUGUGCAAUGCCUUACUGCGGCGUCAAUCAGAUACCAAUGUUGUCCUAUCAAAGAAUGUGAUCGUAUCAUCCCUGAUGUGGCUAUGCUUUUUACGAUCACGAUAUAGGUCUCUAUCCACUGAAAGCCACUCGGAUAAAGACACUAUCCCAGAGAAGUCAUGUCUUGCGAUUGGGGUUGACGUCCGCAAUCUUUUGCAACUCCCCUUAUCGUACAUGGGUAAUGCAGUUCUUGGCGUUCAAAUCUUUACUGAGCUUGAUGCCAUUUUGGCUUCCCUGGCCCAAUCGAAUGGAGACUCCAUGUUUACGGAAGAUGUGAGCCCAGACGAUGUCGUGAUUCUUGCAAACCUCGCCCGUCAAACACAUGAAACUACGCAGAAAAUUACCGGGCCAUACGUGAAAGGCGAAAUAUCGCAGCGGUGCGCAAGCAAUGACUGGGCAUCAUAUGCACGACCUGGGGACAUUUCUGUGAGUAGUAUUCGACGUUUAUCAUUAUAUGGACUUGAUUUUGGAUCAUCACUGGGGCGAGUGAGAAAUGUUGAUCUACCGGAGAAUCGGAUUCCGGGUGUUGGCUGGAUUAUGCCAAUCCGGUUUGAGGGUGCACCUUGGGAAGUGAGCAUUGCAUUUGAGCCGAGGAUUAUGGAAGGGGUACAAGGGGAUCGACUAAUGAAGUGGGUGUGUGCAAAAUCUAUGCCAAAGCUAUGA